CAUCACAAGAACAAACAAAGAAACUAAGAAAAUGUCGUGGCAAACUUACGUCGAUGAACAUUUGAUGUGCGAUAUCGAUGGCACAGGUCACCACCUCACCGCCUCUGCCAUCAUCGGCCACGAUGGCUCUGUCUGGGCUCAGAGCUCUUCCUUCCCUCAGUUUAAGCCUCAGGAGAUCACUGAUAUCAUGAAAGAUUUCGACGAACCCGGUCAUCUUGCUCCUACAGGCUUGCACCUUGGGGGAACAAAGUACAUGGUGAUUCAGGGAGAGUCAGGAGCAGUCAUCCGCGGGAAGAAGGGAUCUGGAGGUAUCACCAUAAAGAAAACUGGUCAAGCUCUAGUGUUUGGCGUCUAUGAGGAACCUGUGACUCCUGGACAAUGCAACAUGGUUGUUGAGAGGUUGGGAGAUUACCUCAUCGAUCAGGGUCUGUAGACCUAGAGUACUUAUCAUGAUUUGAACAUUUGUUUCUUG